AUGGUCGACGCUUUUCACAACGAGAGCGGGCUUGUGUCAACGGCGCUUCGGCCGAUUCGCAAGAAGUUCGCCAAACCGCCCGUGAAGGUAGCUUGUUUGCCUUGCCGCGCCUCACGAACCCGAUGCGGUGGACAAGAGCCGUGUUCUAACUGUCUCAACAAAGGCCGAAAAUGCUCUUAUCUACCCAGCAAACGGGGUGGGCCUCGGACGAAGAAGCAAAGGCCCUCCCCGUCGCCUGAGGAAGAUGCGGCUCAACAGGAUAGUUCACAGUUUGCGACGAUCUCCGCUGAAUUUGAAGAACCGUCGGGGAUGUUUACACAAAUCGAUGUACUCUCUCUGCCAGGCGCAGGAUUACGGCAUCUAGACUUCCCUCAGCAAGUGUCUUCUCUGUUCCAGGGUUACUAUGCUGGGGAUGCAGAUGCCGCUCAUGUUCCCCUGGAACUUAUGCCGUCGCCAUUGACUGGCGCACAGUGCUAUGUACGAACUUACGGAAGUGAGCCAGAAAUGUAUGUUCAUCCCGACCCCAUGGCGCGUGUAGGAAAGCUUCUGAUCAUACUUGCAGAUUAA